AUGACCUCCCAGCGCCAUGGUCAACCCACCUUGAUGGAUGUGUUUCAGCUGGACCGUCUCACCUGCGGUAGAGACGAUCCCACCAAUAAUCAGAACAUUGACGCGGACCUGGAUGGUGGGGGCAAUCAGACCACGACCCUUUUCGUCGACAUGGCGCUGGGCCUCGGGUGGUUGAGAUGGAUAGAUAUCGCCAUGAUGGCGUGCUUGGCGGCCAGGGAGCGAACCAAUGACGAGUGGGGUAACCUCGUUCGCGCCGCAAGGCUGUCCUUGGUGGAGACGUUUACCUACGCGACCGACUUGGGCUAG